CAGUUAAAUACGCAUCAACCUGGCAUGCCAAUCCCAGAGAAGCCACUCGCUCAGUCUCAGCUCAUCCUCAAAAAAUACUAAACGCCACCAUCAAUGGAGACACAAACACAACGGCCUCUUAUUCUCUCCCUCCUCUUCGCCACCUUUCUCCUCCAUCUCCAACCAAUCGCCACCGUCGCUUCCGCCUACCCCGCCCCCGCCCCCCAAUCUAAUAGCACCGAUUACAUACGCACCAGCUGCGGUGCAACAUUGUAUCCCGAAAUCUGCUUCACUUCCCUUUCCCGCUACGCCAGUGCUGUCCAGCAGGACCCCGCCCGUCUCGCUCGAGUGGCCAUAGGCGUAAGCCUUUCGCGUGCCAGACACAUGGCUGUCUACGUCUCUAACAUCUCACGCGAAGCAGACUACGGCUCCGACCAUCGCGCAGCCGCUGCACUACACGACUGCUACUCAAACUUCGGAGACGCUGUAGACGAGAUCCACGGCUCGCUCAAGCAGAUGCGACAGAUUGGAGCGGCGGGCUCAUCGGCAGAGGCAUUCCGUUUCCAAAUGAGCAACGUGCAGACGUGGAUGAGCGCUGCGUUGACGGACGAAGAAACUUGUACGGACGGUUUUGAGGAUGUUCCGGAUGGGCCGGUGAAAUCAGACGUGUGUGAACGUGCGGCGGAUGUGAAGAAAUUUACCAGUAACGCUCUUGCUCUAGUUAAUAGUUAUGCUGCGAAAGGAAUGCCUUGACUGCUUUAUUUUUCUAUUGGUAGAUAAAUAUUUAGGCGUGUGAGUGGAAUACACAUUAGGAAGUAAAUAUAGAUGUUUGGAGUGUGAUUUUGGAUUUGCUGUUUGGUGUGGUAUGUUUCUAACCUUCUUUCGCCACUAAGAGAAGAAAGAAGAAGGAACUUUGUAACCGAGUUUAAUGAGUUUGACUAAUUAAACUCAGAGUUAACCUCUUUUGUAGAAAUUAAGUGUGUAACUUUCAAAAAUUUCUUCC